AUGACAAUAAUUAAGUAUGAUAUUCCACUGUUGGAUCGAAACACCAGGUUCUCGCUAUGGCAUGUGAAGAUUCGAGAUGUUCUUGCACAGUUAGAUCUUAACGAUGCAAUAGAAGGAUUUGAUGAGAAGCCGGUAAACAAUGGAAGAAUGAGGAAAAACGUAAGGAUGAAAUCAUUGACCAACAAGUUGCACCUAAAGCAACAUCUUUAUUUGUUCAAGUUGGCGAAAUGCUCGUCUCUUGAAGAGCACCCGACAACAUUAAAGGAAAAUGUCUCUGAUCUAGAGACUUUAGAAGUGAAUAUAGUAAAGGAGUACGAUGACGGAGAACUCCUAAUUGCGGCUGAUGACAACUUUAUAACAAGUGAUGAAUGGAUACUUGACUCCGGUAGUAGUUUUCGUAUGAGUACUAAUCAUGACUGGUUUGCGACGUAUGAAACUGUUUCUACACAUGAUGUAUUUUUGGGAAAUAAUGUCCCUUGUAAAGUAGCUGGUAUUGGCACAAUCAAGCUUAAGAUGUUCGAUGAGAUUGUUCGAACACUUGGUAAUGUGAGACAUGUUCCAGAUUUGAGUAGAAAUCUAAUUUCGUUAGGUACUCUAGAUUCAAAAGGGUAUAAAUUCUCUAGUGAAGGUGGAGCUAUGAAAAUUUACAAGGACUCUCUUGUUAUUUUGAAAGGGUAG